AUGGCGGCGGGUCCGGGUCCGGGUCCGGGUCCGGGGGGCUCGGCCGAGCCCAACCCGUUCUCGUUCCGCGAGUUCGUGCGCAGCCUCCGGGUGCCGCCCGGGCCCUGCCCCGGCCCCCGCGUCCCGGCGCCGCCGCACGACGACGAGAACGAAGAGUGGAGCGCGAGCUACCGGCCCUCGGCCGUGGAGCGGGCCCACCUGGCCGCGCAGCCCAGCUACGAGGAGCUGCGAGAAGAGAAUGCCAGUUUGAGAAGCGAGAUCAAUAAGCUCCAGGUUCUCUCCGAAAUGCAGGCGGACRAGAUGAGAAAGCUUGAAAGAAAGCUUGAGGAAAAUAAAAUUAAAGAAGAAAAAGAAGCUCAAGAUCUAGAAGCAAUGGUGCAGCACGUGGAACAGAAUCUCCAACUGAUGACCAAACGAGCCGUUAAAGCGGAGAACAGUGCUACGAAACUGAAGCAGGAAAAUGCCUUACUACAGGCUCAGCUGAAAAAAUACAAAACAGAAAACGAAGCUCUCAGGUCAGGCCAUUCUGCUAGUCUGGCCAUAAUGAAACAAAACGCAGAUAUUGCCCUACGGAACCUCCUCACGGUUAUAACAAAUUCCCAGUCUUCAAUAAAGCAGUUGGUCUCUGGAGCAGAAUCAUUGCAGCUUGUUGCCGAGCUCCUUAAAUCGAUAGACAAAAUUUCAGAAAUUCCAGAUGAUGGACAGUAAAGACACAAAAACGGACUUGGAUGCAGAGCUCUGAAGGCCCAACGUAGGGACUGUUUUUGCCGAUGGAUGACACUGUGUCGCAUCCCACUGCAGAGCUGGCAUUUCUGCCUCGACGGGACCGCCGAGGCCUUCGAGACCAAGGACUGUGGCCGUUCUUUGGCCAGGCUGGGACCCAGGACACUCUUCCCUUCGCGGGGGCGUCCCGCCAGCCCCGCGUUUGUUUUGGCGCGCCUCGGGACCGGCGCCACGUGCGGCGGCGC